GGCGGAGGAGGAUAGGCCCCAGUGAGGAAACGGGGGUUAAAUUUAAAGACACGGGGAAGAUGGAGGAAGGCUUAUUCCCGACUGCUGACUUCUGGUGGUUUCCGUCCUUUUUGAUGUUGGCCGGAGAAACCAAGAGAGGAAGAUCCAUACCCUGAACCUUUAUGACUUUUUUGGUAUAUCUAAGAUUUCAUCAUUGCUUACUGGUAAUAUAAAGGAUCAACUGUACUUUCAGCUUUCUGUUAGAAUGGAAUUUGUGGUAUGGCUGAAAAAGGAAAUGGAGACAUUUUGUCUGCACAGGUAGCCACGUGACAGGGUAAGUUCAGCAUCAGGUGUAACAAAAAAUUAGUCUAUUCAUCUUUCUUUUUCAGUCCCUACAGAAGUUUUGUUCUGUUAAUUAUUUCCCCCAGAUAAUUUCAUUUAGAUGUUCAACUGUUUGUUCGUUUUUACCUCGUUCCAGGGUAGCAAAUUACAUAUUUGCGAUUGCUCAAAAUGCGAAUCUAAAGUCAAAUAACCGCGGGUACGCCUCUAAAAUUGGCGGGAAAAAUUGACCAAUUGGAUCAACUUAAAUUGGCGCGCCUUUACGAUGCUUUGCAGAGGGCUGACUACACGUGACAAGUCGCAGAGCAAGGCUUCUAUCCUUCGUGUUGUGCGGGCUAAAUUUGUCCUAAAUUCUUCUUUUUUUGCCUGAGUAAGACCAUGAAGCGAAAGAAUCGUGCUGCUAGUGCUUCUACGACUUCUCCUGAAGGGAAGAAGAAGAAAGUAGCGAGUGCAAAUGACCCGGAAUCCUCGACAUCUGCGACCAAGGCGAUAGACUACACUUCAUCGUCAAGGGUUGUCGAGUCUCUUCUUGCUGUGACUGACUUGGAGAACUUUUUCGAAGAGACCUGGGAGAAGAAACCGCAUUUCGUUAAGCGGGAGAACGCCGACUUUUAUGGCGCACUGUUUUCGAAGAAAGAUGUGGAAAGCCUGUUGAAGAAAGAAGAAAUUCAAUUCACUGAAGACGUCAGUUUGAGUCGGUAUGUCGAAGGAAAGACAGAGCCGCUGAACGAGGAGGGACGCGUCAAUUUGAAACACAUCAAGGCGGCUGGAGUCGCCGUACAGUUUCACCAACCAGAUAGAUUCAAGGAUGAAGUCUGGAGGUUAAUAGAGUCACUGGAAACUUACUUUAGGUGUCUUGUUGCUGCUGAUGCAUUUAUCUUCCAACCUGGUUCCCAAGGUCUAGCCCCACAGUUUGAUGAAAUGGAGACAUUUAUCCUUCAGCUAGAGGGAAAAACAAAAUGGAAACUUUUCAAGCCCUUGCAAGAACUCCCACAAGAAGCCAGUCCUGACUUGGAAUUAAGUGACUUGGGAGAACCCACUGAUGAAUUUGACAUGGAGCCUGGUGAUUUCCUGUACUUUCCAAGAGGAACUGUUUAUUUUCCUGCUCCCAUUGAAGACAAAGAUCAUGCAGUGCACCUGGCAAUAACUACAUUCCAAGAAAAUUCUUGGGGCAACAUGCUGACAAGUGCAUUGUCUAACGCAGUAGAAAAAGCCAUGGAAAGUGAUGUGGAAUACAGAAGAGGACUCCCUGUUAACCUUGCUUCUUUUAUGGGCAGUGGAGUGAAUGGAAAUGAAACAGAAGACCUAUCUGAGCAGAAUGGUGACCAAAAAACUGAUAAUGAAGCUACAGCUGUAGAAAAGGAAGCAGCCAAUCCUAGGACAGCUUUUAAUAAUACCUUAGUGAACCUGUUGAAAGGACUGGUGCGACAUCUUAAUCCUGACAAAGCUGUCGAUGACAUGUUGCGUGACUUUUUUGGCGGCAGGCUUCCUCCUUAUGGAAAAGGUGUCAAAAAAGGGAAAAAGAGGAGCGCUCCCUCCGAGGAAAGUAAGAUCAAACUUUUACAUCCAGACCACGUACGAGUUUUGAUCGGAGACUUGUCGGAAGGCCUCGCGGAGACGGAUGGAAGCGAUGAAGAGAUGUCCGAAGCCGGAGAAGAAGCGGAGGAAGAGGACAGUGAGGAGGAGGCAUCGGAAGAUAGCGAAAAGGAGAACGAGAAGGACUCGAAGAAGGGUGCAAAGAAACAGAAAACAAAGAAAACGGAGAAAGCGAAAGAAACAAAAUCAAAAAGCAAGAGGGCCAAGUCAGAAGAAGAAGAUGAAGCAAAAGAGGACGAGGAUAAAGUAGACGAGGAUGAUGACGAUGACGAGGGGAGUGGGGAUGAAAAUGAAGGAUUUGAAAACGAGGGAGGUGGGGAUGAGUUCAUUUUGGUCCUACAUUCUGUCAACAACAACAGAGCCUCGCAUAUGAUGGGGGACAAGAACCCUUGUUCAAUCCUGAAGUUCCCUUUUCGUUACAAAAACGCCCUGCGGCAGAUCACAAGCGAGCACGACAAGUACAUAGCAGUUAACAGCUUGCAACUUGGUGAAAAGGACCGCUUAUCAUUGGUCAAGUCAUUAUGGGAUGAAGGCUUGCUUGACAUGGAAUAAUUGGAAAGCUGAUGUCGAAAAGUGCUCCAUAUUCAGUUAGACACGUUGAGUUUAUUCUGCUAUUUAACGGAGAGGACAAUAGAGAAAAAGAGAUAGAAACGUUUUGUCCUAUCAAAAGUAACCUGGUUUUUAGCUGAUGUUGGUUAGCUCCUGGUCUGCCGUUUUAGUUGUGUUCUAGUUGCGUUGUAUUUGAGAUCAAAAGCGUUAAAUGCGUGUUAUGUUACUUGUGAGGGAGAGUUGAGUUAUUGCAACAGCCUCAAUCGUUCAGUCAAAAAGAGUAAACCGGACAAAUUAGACGAUCGCUGCCCAGAUAAGAAUGGAAUACGAAAGUUCGAGAAUGGUUUAUGAAUAUGAUACACAUAACACAAUAUAAUUUAAUUGAAUAAAACAAUCGUGUUUAAGGAGUUUUCAGUUUUGUUUUUACUUGUUUGUAGGUUGUGUCUGAGUAACAACCAAAUGUUCAAAAAGAGGAACAGUUUGGGAGACAAACUUCCUAUGAUACAACAACAUGCAUUUACGUUACAGAUAGAAUGCAAGUAUCCCCCACCCCACAUCCCCCAAAAAGGAGUUACACUUUACCUUAGAAUUUCGUAAAAUCUCGCUCAAGCAAGAACUAAUGAUACAUUUCAAUUCCAAAUAGGAAUACGAAGCAUUCUUCGUAGUUCAAAUUCUAAUAAUUUUUAAGAAAUUGGCAAUUUCACGUUGUUCAGCAGAGAACGGCUGAGAAGUGCGCAAGGUCAGUUUUACAUAACGCACGCGAGUUUUGCCAGGCAUUUUGACCAGGAUCAGUAGUUCCUGUUUCGACUGAUGACAUGUUAAUAUUUACUUAAACGUGUCCACUGGGAGAUCGACGAAU